AACGGCGAGCGCCCAUCCUCACUUGGCAUCUCGCUGGCGGUGCUCUGCGUGGGCAUUAACGACGUUUUUGAGUCUGUUACUAACGGAGGCGUGGACGCCCAGGCGAUCGCUAAUAAGAUUGGCGAUGUGGUAACCGCAAUUCGCGCGUCACAUCCCACCACGAAAGUGCUCGUCCUUGGCCUGUUACCCGAGGGAUACCUCUCCAAGUCAACGCAACCAGACCCCCAGCCAGGGCAAGUCAACGCCGUUCUAGCACAGUCAAUUCCAGAUGGCACGAGCACCUAUUUCCUGGACUGUAAGGAUGCGUUCCUUAACGCGGAUGGCCUUCUGCUUGAAGACCAUUACAUCAAUGACUCCUUCCAGCGCCUGCACCUCUCAGCUGCAGGCUACGACGCAUGGGCCAGGUGCAUAGCCCCGCAGGCCCAGGCCAUCCUGGGGGAGAAGCCUGUGGGUCUGCCCGUGGCGUCUUCUCCAGACCCGGGCACAGGCAGCAGCCCCAACGGCUCUCCUGGUGACUCUCCUACUCCUUCACUCCCUUCCUCCCCUUCUCCUUCCUCUCCCUCCUCUCCCUCCUCACCCUCCUCUCCCUCCCCUCCCUCGUCCCCCUCUCCCUCACCUUCGGACUCCUCCUCUCCCUCCUCACCCUCCUCUCCCUCCCCUCCCUCGUCCCCCUCUCCCUCACCUUUGGACUCCUCUCCCUCCUCACCCUCCUCUCCCUCCCCUCCCUCGUCCCCCUCUCCCUCACCUUCGGACUCCUCUCCCCCUACUGCAUCUUCUCCUUCUCCCUCAACCUCCUCCCCCUCUCCUUCCUCUCCCUCCACUUCGCCCUCUUCUCCCUCUCCUCCCACUCCCACCAACACUGACCCUGCUUCCCCUCCCAAAUCUUCUGACUCGGGCACGAAACCCCCCACAUCAUCCGAUCCCCUCCCCACACCCCCACCCCCCUCCACCACUUCCCCUGAUCCCCCCUCCAACUCAACUACCCCUGUAGAACCUUCCUCCCCUUCACCUUCUCCCAAAGGACCUUCCAAAGAACGUUCCUCCUCCCCUGUUCUCACCCCCCAAAAUAGCUCCUACCCGACUCUCCCUAGGGAAAUACCUGGCACCCUCACGCCCAUUCCUUCCUCCGCUCCAACCCCCCCCACCUCCGCUCCAACCCCCCCCACCUCCGCUCCAACCCCCCCCACCUCCGCUCCAACCCCCUCCACCUCGGCUCCAACCCCCUCCACCUCUGCUCCAACCCCCUCCACCUCUGCUCCAACCCCUGUUAUGGAAUCUAACGAUACCAUGAUGAUCGUCAUUUCUCCUUCUCGUUGCCUCCCCCUUUUCUUCACCAGGAUGACAAUCACGUCGAUCGGGACCGACGCGUUUGGCCGCUUCGGCCAGGUGGAAGGCCUCGCGAUUCUCUACCAGAGGGAGUUUGCUUACGUGGACAUGGCCACGUCAGCACAGGCCAGCGAGGCGAGGCGGGUGCUAGCGGGGAAUCCGCUGCGUCCGGGCCUGCUGCCGCUGAAAGUAGAAUUCGCUUAUGCCAAGGGGUCAACGGCGGGCGGAGGGGCACCACAACCGCUACCACCUGUCAGUCAGCCCAAGGAGAAGGAGAGGCCGCGAGCAGCAGGCGUGCGGAGGGUGGUGUGGGUGGGGUGGGGGCCGGCGCACGUGGUGCCCGAGGAGAUCGACGCGGAUCAGCCAAAGGAGAAGGAGCGCCCGGAGCGGCCAAGGGGGCCGGGGGUGCGGCGGGUGGUGUGGGUGGGGUGGGGGCCGGCGCACGUGGUCCCCGAGGAGAUUGACGCGGAGUUCCGGCGCUUCGGGCCCAUCGAAGACCUGCGCUUCCACCCCGACCGCGCCUGCGCGUUUGUGGACUACCGCUUUGAGGACGACGCUCAGGCCGCCGUGGCGUCGAUCAACAACGUCCGCACGCGCGACGGAGGGGUGUUUCGUGUGGAGUUUGCGAAAUCGGGCCCGCAUGCCGGGGGAGGAGGAGGGGGUGGCGGCGGCGGCGGCAGUGGUAGAGGUGGUGGUGGUGGUGGGGAUGGGUCUCCCAGCGAGAUUCUCUGGGUGGGGUUUCCUAGCACGCUCACAGUCACAGAGGAGAGGCUCCACGCGGCCUUCUCCCAGCACGGGCAGAUUCGGCGCAUCAAGACGUUCCCGGGGCGCACGUACGCUUUUGUGGAGAUGGGCACGUGCGAGCAGGCGACCAAUGCGAUCCGCGCAUUGGACCAUGUUCUGUUUAACGACGAGCGCGUUCAUAUCCGGUACUCGAAAAGCGAGUUUGCGUUCAUGCAUGCUGCAGACCCGCCCUUCUCUUCCCCUGCUGCUGCUGCUGCAACUGUCACCACAGGGCGUGCAGGUGGGGAGGCGGUUGGUGAGAGGGGCAGGCAGGGAGGUGGGCCAGACGGGCCUGGCGGUGGGGGGGUGUCUGGUGGUCCGUAUGAGGUGGACCGGGGGUUUGGGGGGGAUAGGGAGUAUGGGCGGGGGAGAGGGAGGGGGAAGGGGAAGGGGAGGGGGAGGGUGAGGGGGGGAAGAGGAGGGAGGGGUAGGGGAGAGUGGGAGGAGCGGGAUGGUGAUGGGGCUUGGGAGUCGCCUCUUCGUGGGCCAGACAGAGGGGGGAGAGGAGGGGGGCGAGGCUGGGCUGAUAGGGAUUGGGAGAGGGAGAGGGAGGAGUGGGAUAGGGGCAGGGAGAGGGACUGGGAGAGAGACGAUAGGGAUUGGCGGGACGAGCGUGAUGGGAGGGACGGGUGGGACGAGAGGGACGGGUGGGACGAGAGGGACGAGAGGGAUGAGAGGGAGUGGCAGCGGGGGUAUGACUCCAAGCGUCCACGAGUGGACGGCCAGUUUGACCCUGAGAACCGCAGCCGCUACUACGAUGAACGUGAUGGGGGCCCUCCGCCACCUCCUCAUGGUCCAUCUCUUGAUUCUUAUCCUCCUCCGCAUGACCCUCAAGGGCCACAUGGGCCUUCCAAACAUGCCCCCCCCAGCCGCAGAAGCAGCGGCUGGGACGUUGUCGUGCCUCCAGCUGCCUCUCCUGCUGUUUCUGUCGGUUCUGCUGCCACCGGACCUCCGAUUCCGGGCCGUCCGGGCUUGCCUGGUCUGGCCCCCGGCUCCGUACCUCCUCCCGGACCUGGAGGACUGGCUCGGGCGGUUGGGGCUGCAGGUGGUGCGGGGUCCCACUGGAAGGGGACGUUGGCCAAAGGGGGGAUUCUCGUAUGCCAUGCGCGGGCGAUUCCCAUCGGUCCCGGCAUCUCUGCACCCAUGCCGGACGUUUUAAUCUGCUCAGCGCGCACAGAGCUCGACACGCUAGUGAAGCACGUGUGGGCAGCAGCAGACGUGCCGCCGCCUGAUGUGCUGAACUGCUCGGCACGCACAGAACUGGACUCUCUCGCGAAGCACGUGCGGGCAGCAGCGGAUUUCGGAGUGGUGGCCAUCAUCCCCGAGGCACAGCCGGACGUGCCGCCCUACCACAACCUCGUUCGGUAUCUGGGGGAGAAGCGCCCCUUUCAACCUGCUCCCCUCAAACCCUCUCUCCUUCAUCCCCUUCCCCUCCCUGCCCCCCCCCCCCCCCCUUCCCUGCCCCUUCCCUGCCCCCUCCCUGCCCCCUCCCUGCCCCUUCCCUGCCCCCUCCCUGCCCCCUCCCUUCCGCCUCCCUCGCGCACAGAACUGGACACGCUAGCAAAGCACGUGCGGGCAGCAGCGGAUUUUGGAGUGGUGGCCAUCAUCCCCGAGGCACAGCCGGACGUGCCGCCGUACCACGACCUCGUGCAGUACCUGGGGGAGAAGCGCCGUGCGGGAGUGGCGAAGCUGCCUGACGGCUCCACGCUCUUCCUCGUCCCACCGUCCGACUUUGCCGUUUCCGUGCUCCAAGUGCCUAGAAAUGACUCCCUUUUCGGCGUUUACCUCACCGUCGCUGCUCCUGCUGCUCCUCCUCUCGCUGUGCCUGCUGUUUCUGCUGUUCCUGGUGCUCUCGCUCCACCUGCGCUCUCCUCCGGUCCUGCUCUGCCUGCAGGCGCUGCAGCUGCAGCUGCUGGGAUGCUGCCAGCUGGGAUGUUGCAAGGUGCCCCACCAGGGCUGGUUUCUCCCAGUCCUCUUCCUCAGGUGCCCCCACUUCCUCUCCCGCACCCAGGGCUGAUGCCCCAAGGGCAACCAGGGAGACCUCCUUUGCCUCCCAACCAGCAGGGUCACAGUCAGCAGCAGCAGCAGCAGCAGCAGCAGCAGCAGCAGCAGCAGCAGCAGCAGCAGCAGCAAGCUGGAGCCUCGUCGUUCAGGUGGCAGCAGCAGCAGCAGCAGCAGCAGCAGCAGCAGCAGCAGCAGCAGCAGCAGCAGCAGCAGCAGCAGCAGCAGCAGCAGCAGCAGCAGGUGGUGCAGGGAGGGCGAGCAGGCCUGUCCACCCAGCCUCUUUCCCCUCCCCAGAGACCGUUGCAAGCACCAAUGCACCCAUCCGUGGUUCCCUUGCCUCGUGCCCCUGGCGCUGGUCCUGGGUUACCACCUGCUUACCAGCCUCCCUCCUUCACACCUCCGGUCCCUCCCAAUGCCCGUGCCUCUGCCUCCCCCAUCCCCCCUGCGACUCUUCAGCUGAUACGCCCCCCUGUGGGAGUUGGAGGCACUGAGGGAGCAGCAGCAGGGGCAGGGGCAGGGCAGGGUGCGACAGGAGCAGGCUUUUCUGGGGCGGGUUUACCUGCUGGGAUCACCCCAGAGCUCCUGGCGUCUCUGUCGUCUCUUCUUCCCAAGCUGAACGUUCCGGCUGCCGCCAGCAGCACUGCUGCUGCUCCUGGAAAUGCCUCUGCUCCUGCCACUGCACCUGGUCCCGGCAUGGGUAUGGGUGUUCCCUCCACUGGCGCAGGCAUGGUUGGGACAAGAAGGGAUUUCUCAGUAACGCCCCCGCUCCCCCCUGCUCCUCCAAUCGGGGGGCAGUUUAACCAGAGGCCUCCUGGCCCUCCUCUUCCUCCCCUCCCUCCCCAGCAGCAGCAGCAGCAGCAGCAGCAGCCACAGCAGCAGUGGCGACCACAACAGCAGCAGCAGCAGCAGCAGCACCAGCAGCAGCAGCAGCAGCAGCAGGUGCAACAGCAGCAGGUACAAGGGCAGGCGGAUGGUUCUGGCUUUGGUGGCGGCAUGAGGGGCCCGGCUUUUGGUGAUCGCAGCAGUGCAGGUGGUGGUGGCGGCGGUGGUGGUGGUGCUUGGAAUGGCAUGGCCGCCGGUGGCACUGCUGCUGGUAGUGCUGCUGGUGGUGCAGGUUUUAGUGGUGGCGGCGGUGCUGGUGGCGGCGGCGGUGGUGCUGCUGCUGCUGGUGCUGGUGGUGUCCCGGCCUCGUUCAACCCUCACUGGGCUCAACAGGGGCCAUCGGCACCGUUACCUCCUCAGCAGCCUUUCUACCAGCAACAGCAGCAGCAGCAGCAGCAGCAGCAGCAGCACGCAGGUGGCGGUUAUGGACCAGGUUCAGGGGUUUCUUCAGGUGUUUUUUCAGGUGGCCCUGGUGGUUCAGGUGACAGCAUGGGAGUUCCAGUGACCGCAGCAGCUGUGGCAGCAGCAACAGCGGCUGGAGGCGGAGGGGGAGGAGGGGGUGGAGGAGGAGUGACGAGUGGAGGUAUUGAUAUGCAGGAUGAGAGGUUUAAGGCGACCCUGCAGCUUGCGUCACAGCUGCUGCAGCAGAUGAAGCAGCAGCAACAACAGCAGCAGCAGCAGCAAUAG